AAUCCUCCACUGCCAGAAUGAAUUGGUUGAUAUUUUUAACGUUUAACAUUUGGAUGACCAGUGGAUUACAAAGAGUUACCCUGAAAAGACACCGAUCUUUGCGGCAAAUAUUGAGGGAACGUGGGCAAUUGCCUCAAUUUUGGAAGAAAUAUAAGAUAGACAUGGUACAGUACACCCAAGACUGCUCGGUAUUUAAAGAAACCAACGAACCCCUCUUUAACUAUUUUGAUGUGGAAUAUUUUGGACAGAUCUCCAUUGGAAACCCACCACAGAAUUUUACUGUACUCUUUGACACUGGUUCCUCCAACCUCUGGGUACCAUCUAUUUACUGUGUCAGCAAGGCUUGUGUUGAACAUUCCAGAUUUCAUCCAUCACAGUCCAGCACCUACACUGAAGUGGGUACUCCUUUUUCCAUUCACUAUGGCACUGGUAGCUUGACAGGAAUAAUUGGAAUGGAUCAAGUGACUGUUGAAGGACUCACCGUAGUAAAUCAACAGUUUGCAGAAAGUGUCUCUGAACCUGGCAACACCUUUUUGGAUUCAGAAUUUGAUGGAAUACUUGGUCUGGCCUAUCCAUCCUUGGCUGUGGAUGGUGUCACCCCUGUAUUUGAUAAUAUGAUGGCCCAAAACCUGGUGGACUUACCAAUAUUCUCAGUUUACAUGAACAGAAACCCUUAUUCUUCUGUAGGAGGGGAACUGAUUUUUGGUGGCUAUGAUGAGGCCUAUUUCAGUGGAAAUCUCAACUGGAUUCCAGUCACUAAGCAGGGAUACUGGCAGAUCCUACUGGAUAAUAUCCAGGUUGGUGGGAAUGUUGCAUUUUGUGCAGAAGGAUGUCAGGCUAUAGUGGACACAGGAACAUCUCUCAUCACAGGCCCUUCUGAAGACAUAAAGCAAAUGCAAACAUUAAUCGGGGCACAACCUAUGGAUGGUGAGUAUGCUGUGGAAUGCAACUAUCUCAAUGUGAUGCCUCUUGUCACUUUCACAAUCAAUGGAAACUCUUAUCCUCUUACUCCAGAGGCUUACACUGUCAUGGUCAAUAGUGAUGGGAUGAACCUGUGCACCAGUGGCUUCCAAGGUUUAGAUAUAGAAACUGCAGAUGGUCCACUCUGGAUUCUGGGAGAUGUUUUUAUUGGCCAAUACUACUCUGUCUUUGAUCGGGGAAAUAAUAGAGUGGGAUUGGCUCCAGUUGUCUCUUAAGAGAUUUAGAGAGUAAAGGAAUGUAAGCCUAUUCCCUUUUCUAUCUUUUUUUGAGCAGCAAAAUUAAGUUUCCUAUCUCUUUUUUUUUGU